UUGUGGAGCGCGCCGGUGUUGUGUUAUUAUAAAGUUAUUAUCUAAAAAGAAUAUGAUAGAUGAAGAUGAGAAUUGAAAAGUUCAUAGCUUUAUAUAUUUUAUUUAAUAAUGGGUUCUACGUAUGAAGACACAGUGCUAGAUUUUGACCUAAAUUUUCUACAGCAAUCACCAAAUAUAGUGAAUGAUUGCAGAAUAGAUAAGCAGAGAAAAGCAAUACUAAUAGCAAAAAAGAAAACAGUUGCUACAGACUCAUUGAUUAAAAAGUAUUUUGCCAAAAAAGAACAAUUGGAACAGACAGAAAUAGUGUUGUUGACGGCAAAAGAAGAGUGUAAGCAAGUGUGCAUAGAUUAUAAAGAGAGCUUAGAAAAAUGUACACAAUUCGAGAAGGAUGUACAAUCACUUCAAAACCUGAAUAAAGAAUUGCAGCUAAAUUGUGAAAUGACACAAAACCAGGUUGAAGCGAUCAGAUCACACUCACACCAACUACAGGUACUGGUUAAAGAACAUGAAACAGUUAUUGAGGCCUUAAAAAUUGAAAACCAAUUAGAAAAGAAUAAUGUCAAAGAUUAUGAAAAAAACCUUUUGAAUCUAAAAAAAGAAAAUGAAACACUUCUCAAUGAUCUAUGUCUGGUUCGGGAUAUAGUAUUGGGUAAAAAAAAAUUAAAUAAGCAUUAUAAAUUAGUCUUACAAAAGUAUGAUAAGGCCAGAAGAAAGUGCAAUGUAGAUAAUUCUGCUUCAGAAAGUAGUAGUGAUGAAACAGAAUUGUUUGAUAGUUCACCAUCUUCUCCAUUGUUUAGUCCGUUUGGAGUGACUACUGAGGAUAAAAAUAAAGAGAGUGACCUCAAGCCAAAUGAGAGUGUUACUUGUAGUAAAAAAGAAUCAACAAGAAUAAAUAAAGAUUAUGACUCAGAUUGCAGUAAUGAAAGAGUCAGUGAAGACACCGGUCGAGGUUCUUCUUUGGCAUUUUCUGAUGGGGAGAAAUGCUUCAAUAGUCCUGACUAUUUCAGUAAUGAUAGUCCACUUGCGACAGAAUGUAAUAAAAUUAAGGAAAGAAGGGUUUUUGUGGAUGCCUGUAUCAGUCCAAUCACAAUUUCUGAGGUAGUACAUAUUGCAACUAGUCCCCUAUUGUUCGAUGAUAAAGAUCUACUUAGUGAUAAUAAUACAAUUACACCCAUUGAAAAAGAUUCUAAUGGUGCCGAAUAUUUUAUUACUGAUAUUCCACUGAGCUCAGAAAUUGUUACAAUUAAAGAAAAGAAGAGUGUGGUUGAUAUUGGAACAAGUACAGAUAUUAAAAUGAACAAUGUAUCAACAAGUCCUAUAUUAUUCCAAGAAUUCGAUUUAGUUCAUAAAAAGUUAACACAUUCUGCAACAUCACCAAUUAAAAAUAUUCAAAAUUGUAGUAGUAUAAUUAUUGAACCAGAUGUGAGUGCAUUGCUCUCAUGUGAUAAUGUGGUAAAUAAUGUGAUCGAUUCAUUGCCAAGUGUUGAAAUAAGACAUACAAUUAUUCAAAACUUGUCGAGUCAAUGUGAACUUGAAAUUAGUGACAAAUCAUUGGAAGAAAAAAGAUGUUUGGAAAGAAAUAACAGUAAUAACAUAUGUAGUGAAAACAGUAAUGAUUCUGAAAUUGAAAUGAUUUUAAAUUCAAUGCGCUUAACUGAAAAAUUAAUUACACCUAUUCCAAAGACUCCUGUAAAAAUAAGUAAAAAAGAGGGUAAGAAAAUAAUAUCACCUGUUAAAGAACAACUUAAUUUACCCAAUAAACACAUAGUUUGUCCAGAAUCUUUAAAAUUGAGAGAAGAAAACAGAGUUCUUCAAACAAGUAUAUCGGACUUAUCAAAAGAGAUAAUAAAUAUAAAAUGUAUAUUAAAAAAACAGCACUUGAUGCCUGAAACACCCAAAAAAAAUAUAUCUGAUAUAAAUAAGUGUCAGAUCAUAAAUUCAGAGCUGUUUGAUGAUUCUAGUCAAGAAGUAAUAUUUAUACACCUCAAUGGUGAAAAAAAUAGUGAUGAUAAUGAUGAAAUUAAUGAUGAUUGUUUCUCAAAUAGUUCUAUAAAUAUGGAAAUUUCAAUAUCCCCACCUACUGUAGAAAAUAGUGUGAAUCAUGGACCAGUGAUACAGAGUAUAGAAGUUUUUCCUGCAGGGUCUAAAGUAAGAAAUGAAAUAAGCUCACCCACUUCAUUGGAACUUCACAAAUCUUCAGAAAGAAAGAAAGAAACAACUUUUGAUAGUGUUUCUUUAGUAGAUAACAGAAAAGUAAUUGAAGAUAAUUUGAGAAUCGAAAGUGAAGUUGAGGUAACUUUAGCAUGUGACAGCAACGAAGAACUAUUAGUAAAUGAUAGUAAAUAUAAAAAUAUUAAACAUAAAAAAUUAAGUAGGCUUGAAAGGUUCAGAAAAAAACUUUUACCUAAAAGUAAAAUUAAAAGAAUAAAUGUUCCUAUAAGAAAGUUACAUACUAAGUCUAAAGUAAUACCUGUAACAAAAAGUAAUACCAUGGAUGCUGAUUUAUUAGUGAAUAACAAAUCAGCAUAUGAAAAGGCAAUCAGAGUUAUGAAAGAAUUAAAGCAAAAAAAAGGCAAUGAUGAAAAACAAGGUGCUAUAAAUAAAAACAUUAAGAACAUAGGUAAAGAUAAAAUUAAUUCUGAACAAAAAGAGUCUAAUAAUAAUAGGAAUGAUUCAAUUGAAAAAUAUAUAUCAACAAAUAUAAGUCCUGUUGAAAUUAAACAACCAGUUAUUUGUCUAUCUCCAAUAAGAUUUACCAACACAAAAGACAAAGACAAACAACAGAAAAUAAAAGUGACUAGUCCAGGAAAGUCAAAGGAUAUUCUUUUAAGUAUGGAUUCAUCACCAACAACAAACUUUAUCAAUACUAGGAGUCGUACUAAGUCCAUUCAAGAUUCUAUAACAUGUAUACAAGUUAACGGUGGCACUUGUAAAUAUAAUGAGUCACAAUUAGAAGUAUUUAAAGAAUUCACAAACAAUUGUACAAGACCAGUAGACAGCAAGAAACGAUUGAAGCGUGCUGCAUCUGAUAAUCCUCCAGUAGAAUGUAAAAGAAUUUUACGUAGUCAAAAUGUGAGAGAGAUGUUCAUGGAUCAGGCGAAUGCCAAAGAAGAUUAUUUACCCACCAGUAACAAUAUUUUAAACACAUCAAACAGUUCACCACACAAGAAACGGUUGAGUGAGGAAGGAAAUGAGAACUGGAACAUCUCUAAUAAAGAUACCAGUAAAUCUCUUAAAUUUACAGAUUGCAAUAUUAAUACCAAUAUAGAACAAAAUAUUGAUGUAAUAUGUCCAAUAAUUCAUCCAAAAGAAAGUAUUCUCUGCAAGAUGUUAGAAAAAUUUGGUAAAGAAAAAAUUAAAUAUUCUGCUAAAAAAAUUCCUGAUGAUGUUUCAAAUAUGAUAUGUAAGAAAUUAGAAGAAGAUAUUGCAAAAAUCAUUGAAUUACCAAUAGAUAAAACUAAAUCUGCUAUGACUAAGCUAGUGGAUGAGAUACGACAUAGUUGGAAGAUGAAAAAAAUCUUGUCUGGAUUUAUGAAGUACUUAAAAGAUCCUGCACGAAAACGGGAGUUGUUUAACAAAGUUACCUCUCCUCCUGCACCACCUAUGACUAAAUCAGAACAAGUUCUUUUAUUUGUAGUGAGACAGUUAGAAAUAUCAUCACCUAAUACAGUCAGCAUGAUCCUAACUCACAUAGAAUUUUCACUUUUCCAAUUAAAUAAGAGUCCAGAAUUUGAUGUCAUUGAAAGUUUGGCGCAUUUCUAUGCCUUGCUAUGUCGAUACUUCGGUUUCAAAAAUCGUUUACGACAGUUCUUGUUGGAUGCCAUGUAUUGUCUACAAUUUAAAGUAGUUCCACUUAUUAAGCAAUGCUUGGAUGUGUGGAUGCAUAUUUUACCUUUAGCACAUAUGGGAAUUGCAAAAAGUCCUUUGGUUACCUGCUUAGUCUAUCUGUUACACUUUUAUAAAUGUGAAGAUAAAUUUAACAGAAUACAGGACAUAAGAUUUAUAUUGAAUAAAAAAUAUUUUUACCAAGUAACAGAUUGGAACGAAACAAAAAUUUUAGAAAUGUUUAGAAACUCUAUUAAGGAAUUAAGGGAUAUAAAAGUCGAGAAAAAAAUGUUACGAAUGGCUUUUAUAAUUCUCGCUAAACGUCAAGGACCAAAAUGGUGUCAGAAGAAUAUAGUAAAAAAUAUGUUAUUACCUAUGAUUGAGAAAGAAGAUAUACCAAUGAGAAUAAGACAGUUUUCUGUGGAACUGCUGGGACCUUUGCUCAAGCCAUAUCCCAGUGAUAUGAAAGUACAUUGUGAAAUUGUAGUUAAUCAGUUACUUGAUAUGUUAGAACAGGAAAUUCCAGAUAGUAUGAAGGAAGCAAUAUUCACGAGUUUAAUUUACAUGAAUAAACACAAUCAAAAUCGUGUUACCCAAUCACUACUUUCGUGGUCGCCGAAAGGCGUGUCACCGGAAUUUGAAGGACUUAUGAGAGAUUUUGUUCGAGAGAAACCACUUAAAGUAUGGAAAGGUAUCCUAUCGCGAACGGUUUUGUAAAAUAAUGUAAAAAUAACUAUUAAGUUUUAUGUUGGUGAUAAAAUUUUAAUUUACGUAAGGUCUAAGUUAUUGUAAAACAAUUCAAUUUUAUUUUAAGGACUUUAUUUUAUUGUCUUAAGAGUAUAACUGUAAUGGUAAGGUAUCUCAAUCUUUCCAUGUGUUCUGUGAUUUGUGUAAUAUUUACUUCAUUUUAGAAGUUUUGUAUUGAAAACAAAAAGUACCAUUUA